UAAGGUCUCUUUUGGACUACGGUCGUUCGAUCUGUUCCGUCGAAUCUUCAGCACUCUACAAUCGAAGCGAAACCGGACCAGCUCACCUGAUAGAAGAUCACAAUGGCCAGGCAAGUGGUCAGGGCCAGUAAGUUCCGUCAUGUCUUUGGCCAGGCCGUAAAGACAGACCAGUGUUACGAUGACAUCAGGAUUUCCCAGAUGACCUGGGACAGUAACUUCUGCUCUGUCAACCCCAAGUUUGUGGCCAUGAUUGUGGAUGCCAGCGGUGGGGGCGCUUUCAUGGUGCUGCCUCUGAGCAAGACGGGGCGUAUUGAUAUGUCCCAGCCCACUGUAUGUGGACACACUGGCCCAGUGCUGGAUAUUGAGUGGUGUCCCCACAAUGACAACAUCAUCGCCAGUGGCUCUGAGGACUGCACUGUGAUGGUUUGGGAAAUUCCAGAUGGAGGCCUGGUGAAGCCACUGACGGAGCCAGUGGUCACACUAGAGGGACACUCCAAACGAGUGGGCAUCCUAAGCUGGCACCCUACUGCCCACAAUGUACUGAUGAGCGCAGCCUGUGACAAUGUGGUGAUUCUGUGGAACGUGGCGUGCGGAGAGGCGGUGGUGCGGAUCGACUCCCUGCAUAAUGACCUCAUCUACAGCACCUGCUGGAACCAGGAUGGCUCCCAGAUCCUCACCUCCUGCAAGGACAAAAAGCUCCGCAUCCUGGACCCGCGCAAGGGCACCGUCAUUACCGAGAAAGAUAAGCCCCACGAAGGCUCGCGACCAGUCAGGGCGGUGUUUGUGUCUGAUGGAAAGAUUUUGACCACAGGCUUCAGCCGUAUGAGUGAGAGGCAGGUGGCGCUGUGGGACCCGAAAAACUUUGGGGAGCCCCUGACCCUGCAGGAGCUGGACACCAGCAGUGGAGUCCUAUUGCCCUUCUUUGACCCUGACACAAACAUUGUGUAUCUCUGUGGCAAGGGUGACAGCAGUAUUCGGUAUUUUGAGGUGACGGAUGAGCCUCCUUAUGUGCACUACCUCUCCAUGUAUAGCAGCAAGGAGAGCCAGAAGGGAAUGGGAUACAUGCCGAAGAGAGGCCUGGAGGUCAACAAGUGUGAAAUUGCCAGGUUCUACAAGCUUCAUGAGAGGAAGUGUGAGCCCAUUAUUAUGACUGUCCCUCGCAAGUCUGACCUCUUUCAAGAGGACCUGUACCCUGAUACAAUUGGUCCAGAGCCUUCGGUGGAAGCAUCUGAUUGGUUUGCGGGUAAAGAUGGCAAGCCAAUUUUAAUGUCUUUAAAAGAUGGGUUUGUGACAACCAGAACGAAAGAGUUCAAAGUUCACAAGAGCCUGAUGACUACUACUGCAGCUACCUCUGGGCAUCCGCAAGGUGACAGCAUGGAAAUACAGUCUGUGCAGGAGGAGGUGAAGAAGCUGAAGGCAGCAGUGGAAGAGCUGACUAAAAGAGUGGAAAACCUGGAGAACAAAAACUGAGAGAAAGAGAAAAACAGGGAAAGCGAGUUGA